AUGGGUUAUCUGAUUAUCAUCACAUUACUUGUUCCCUUUGUUCUAUUUUGCUACUUCUUUCGUAACAAAAAUGGGAUCCCAACUAAUUGGCCCGUUGUCGGAAUGCUUCCAUCACUCCUCAUAAACGUCCAUAGAAUACAUGACUUUUUCAUUGAAGUUAUGGAUAAAUCUAACUUAACUUUCCAUUUGAAGGGCCCUUGGUUGGCUAACAUGCACAUACUUGCUACCGUUGAUCCAGCCAACCUUCACCACAUUUUGAGCAAGAGUUUCAGAAAAUACAUCAAGGGUGCUAAGUUAAAUGAAAUUGCUGAAGUGUUUGGUAAUGGAAUCAUUGUUGCAGAUUCACCCUUAUGGGAGUACCACCGAAAUGUAGCUCAAUCUUUCUUGUAUCAUCCUGAUUUCCACCAUUUUUUAGUCAAUAUAACAUGUAAAAAAAUGGAAAAUGGACUACUUCCAGUCCUUAACCAUUUUUCUGAGCACGCAAUUGAGUUCGACUUGCAAGAUUUAUUCUUAAGAUUCAUGUAUGAUACCAUGUGUGCCAUCAUGAUGGAUCAUGAUCCGCAAUCGUUGUCACUCAAUUUGCCUCAUUUUCCACUCUUAACGGCUGUGGCUGAUAUCACGCAAGUUAUUUACUAUCGUCACCUUUUACCAACACGCAUAUGGAAGCUUUUAAGGUGGUUGAAUAUCGGAUACGAGAAGAAGAACAAGCUAGCAUGGAAUACCCUUGAUAAUUUCGUUUACAAUUGCAUAGAUAGGAAGAGGGAAGAAAGGAGGAACAGAACAUCUAAGCAAAAGGAUCAAGACAUGAUUGAGGUAAGUGUCGAUUUAUUGACAUUAUUCAUGGACACUGAUGAAAUCGCAAAAACUCCAACGCAUCAAAACAAUGAUAAAUUUUUAAGAGAGACGAUUUCGAACUUUUUUCUAGCAGGAGGAGAGACCACUAGUACAGCUUUAUCUUGGUUCUUUUGCCUUCUUUCAAAAAGCCCUCAAGUUGUUAAAAAAAUUAAAGAGGAACUAGAUUUGGUAAUGCUACACAUGGACAAUUAUAAGGAUAUGUUUCUAAGAAACUUCAAAGAGCUUAGUGGUAAUCUUGUUUAUCUUCAUGCUGCAAUAUGUGAAACACUAAGAUUGUAUCCUUCGGUAGUAUUUAACCACAAGUUACCAAUUGAAACUGACAUUCUUCCAAGUGGUCAUGUAGUGAAUCCGAAUACGGAAAUUAUCUUCAACAUGUAUGCCAUGGGAAGGAUGAAAUCGAUAUGGGGAGACGAUUCCGACAAGUUUAAACCUGAAAGAUGGAUAGAUAAAAGAGGGAAGAUUGUGGCUGCCAUGAUCAUUAGAAAUUAUGAUAUUCAGGCAGUAGAAGAUCAUCAUCAUCCUGAUGCCUCGAUUAUCCUUCGUAUAAAGCAGGGGCUUAAGGUCAAGGUGUGUCGCUAUUGAUAUUAACUAGCUUUUAUACUGGUUGUCAUUGUACCUUGUUAUGAGAUCGAUUA